AUGCCGUUUGGUUUAUCUAAUGCCCGUAGUACUUUUAUGAGGCUCUUGAAUCAGGUAUUACGCCCUUUUAUUGGCAGAUUUGUGGUUGUUUAUUUCGAUGAUAUUCUAAUUUAUAGUCGUACUGAGGAGGAGCAUCUUGCGCAUCUUCGAGAGGUCUUAAUGGCCUUGCAAGAAAAUAAGUUGUAUAUUCAGUUAAAAAAAUGCAGUUUUCUUACGGAGAGUUUGAUAUUUUUGGGUUACAUUGUGAGUCACAAUGGCAUUCAUGUGGAUGAGGAGAAAGUGAAGGCAAUUCGUGAUUGGCCAACACCGAAGACAGUGGGUGACGUGAGGAGUUUUCAUGGUUUGGCGACAUUCUAUCGUCGUUUUAUUCGCGGAUUUAGUAGCAUUGCGGCCCCAAUAACCGAGUGUUUAAAGAAAGGAAAAUUCAAUUGGGGUAGGGAGGCCGAACAAGCUUUUGCAUUAAUUAAGGAGCGCUUAUGUUCAGCACCAGUUCUAGCUCUACCAGAUUUUGAAAAAUUAUUUGAAGUUGAAUGUGAGGCUAGUGGCGUAGGAGUUGGGGCUGUUUUGUCACAAGAAAAGCGGCCAGUUGCGUUUUUUAGUGAAAAGUUAAGUGAUGCCAGGCAGAAGUGGAGUACCUAUAAUCAAGAAUUUUAUGCUGUGGUGAGGGCGUUGAAAAAUUGGGAGCAUUAUCUGGUUCAGAAGGAAUUUAUUCUGUAUACCAAUCAUCAAGGGCUGAAAUUUAGUAGCACUGCACACCCUCAGACUGAUGGGCAGACAGAGUCCUUGAAUAGAACGUUAGGCAAUCUAAUUCGAAGCAUCUGUGGAGAUAAACCAAAACAAUGGGAUUUGCCGUUAGCUCAAGCUGAGUUUGCAUAUAACAAUGUUGUCCAUAGUGCUACAGGUAGGUCGCCUUUUGCUCUUGUUUAUUUGAAGCCGCCAAAACAAGCUGUGGACUUGGCACGCUUACCUAAGAUUUCUGGAGUGAAUACUGGAGCUGAGAACAUGGUUGAACAAGCCGAUGCAUUUCAGGCAGAGGUGAAACAGAAGUUAGAAGCUCAGAAUGCUAAGUAUAAAGCUACUGCCGACAAACAUAGGUGCGAGAAAAUUUUUAAUGUCGGAGAUCAAGUGAUGGUUUUUCUGCGCAAGGAGCGAUUUCCAAUUGGCACUUAUAGCAAGCUACAGCCUAAGAAGUAUGGACCUUAUAAAGUUCUGAAGCGGAUCAAUGACAAUGCUUAUGUGAUCAAUUUGCAGGAGGAUACGCGUAUUUCGCGCACUUUUAAUGUGGCUGAUUUGUCAGAAUAUCAUGCUGAGGAGUCGAGUUCUUUCCAAGUGGAGGGGACUGACGUAGAACGGUCCACGGAAGAGUUCCUUGAGAAGUAUGGUAUCUUUGUAAGAAGAAUAAUCCAGCGCGGAAUCUUUGGUUAUACGUCUCCGCUUUGUGUUGAGGACUCGAAUCGUACCAAGAGGAACCAGAUCUUUGCUUCAAAGCCCAUCGUCUAG